AGUUUAUUGCUAAUUUUUAAAGAUUUCCCCUUAUGUGUGGUCCUUUUUCCCCCUUAAAAGCUUGAAGAUGUUGGUAUGAUACGGUUCAACAAUGGGUUUAUUGUUUCCCCCCCUGUAGGUGGGUUGAAUUUGCUAGGAAAGGGAUUGCAAAGAGGGUUGCUAAUAUGUUAAAUGGUGAACAAAUUGGUGGAAGGAAGAGGUCGUCUCUUUAUUAUGAUCUUUGGAAUAUCAAAUACUUUGAGCAAAUUCAAGUGGGACGAUCUUACCGAAGAUAUUGCUUACAAGAGCGCAAUUAGGGAGCAGAAGCUAGCUUUAGAGCUCUCUGCUGCCAAGAGGGAGCGUGAUUUCUAUCUCUCAAAAGUUGACCAAUCCUGUGCCCUAAAUGCGAUUGAAGAGCGAAUGAAGAAGCUAAACGACUACAUUUUUCAUAAGCAGAAAGUGCAAGAGGAGUCUGGAAUGAAUUCUGAGCUGCCGGUUACCCAGAAGAAGGUGAUUCGUCAAUUCCGGCAGUAAAAACCAGUUGCAGUUGGUUCAUCUCAAGGCAAACCGCGACUCUCUAAAGAUUUCCUUGCUGGGAUAUUCACUGGUUCUUAGUAAUCAAGAGCACAAAGUUCUCUAAGUGCUAGGUCGGCACACAAUGUCCGAAGAGUAGCAACUGUGUAGGUACUUAUCUAUUUAUCGUUCAAUUAUUGAAAUGUUGUUCUCCUCAAGAAGCAUUAGAAAUAGAAAAGUUCAUGGAAUAUUUGUAGUCGUUCGAGUUUUAAUCCGGUUUUACAUAAAGGUUGAACAACAGUUUCCUUGUAUUUUUGGUAUGAUUUAUCUCAAUAUGAAACAAUUUUGGAUGAGGGCUCA